AUGAUCAUUGGCACAUCAUCGCAUCCGGUUUGUCACCAUCAUCCGCACAGUGUCGCGCUGUUGAUCGCCGUCGUCCGCACACGGUCGCACGCGGCUCGUCCCCAGCAUCCGCACAACGUCGCACGCGGUUCGUCGCACGCGGUUCGUCGCAUGCCGUUCGUCGCACAUCGUCGCAUGCGGCAUGCUCCCAGCAUACGCACAACGUCGCGCGCGGGAAGUAGCCAUCCUCCGCACACCGUCGCACCGGAAACGUCGCACGCGGUUCGUCUCCAGCAUCCGCACAAAGUCUCACGCGGUACAUCGUAUGCCGUUCGUCGCAAAUCGUCGCAGUCGCCAGCAUCUGCACGCCGCACGGAACGUCGCACGCGGUUGGCAGCCGUCUUCCGCACACAUUCGCACUCGCCAUCAUUCGCGGUGGCACCGUCGCACAGGGAACGUCGAACGCGGUUCGACGCCGUCUUCCGCACAACGUCGCACGCGGAAUGUCGCAUGCAGUUCGUCGCCGAAUUCCGCACACCUGUUGUGCGGUUCGUCCCCAGAAACUGCACUACGUCGCACGCGGUACGUCGCAUGUCGUUGGUCGCACGUCGUCGUGUGCGCCAUGUCGCCAGCAUCCGCUCAACGCCGCACGCGGAAAGUCGCACGCUGUAA